AUGCCACAAAUGCUCGUCGGACUCGUUUUCUCCGUCAUUUAUUUGGUUCACCUCUCUUCACAAGAAACGAAAACCUGCUAUGCUUGCGCUUCGGAAAGUCUGUACUCCCGUUGGCAUAUUACCGGGCUUCCUCGAGUACAGGACAGUUUGUUCGGUGAUUGUUCGUCACAAAGUAUGGCAAAAAUGCGAGUGGAAAGUUGUUCUGGAAGCUGUUUCACCUAUAUGUUUGAGGAUCCGGAUGCUGUACAAAACACCGGAAACACCGGAAAUGCACUGCUUGUGGUUCGUGGAUGUCACACAUCACUGACUACGGUUGUAUCGGAUCGAUCGAACGGUGCUGCCGGAAAUUUCUAUUGCGAAUACGAUGCAACUCAUCAGAUGUCAAAUAGUAAAGGAGAACUUGUCUCGGUUCGUGCUCUCGUCGAAUUUUGCAGCACAGCAAACUGUAAUAGUCGACAAUCGACCUCACCGAACGUAUUCAACGAUUGCAACGACCAAAUGAACGAUAAUCUCCUCAACAACGAAGUGUUGAAUUGCUACGAUUGUUCGGGGCGUGAAGGAAAAAACUGCAACGAGAAGGACCGCAAAUGCUCGUCGAAGAAGUACUGUACGAAGCAAAUUGUGAAACUCGGAGGUGGCUUUCAACUAACCAAAUCGUGCUCAAAUAUUAACGUUCUCGGAGUUGACAAUACGUGCGCGAAUUACGAUGUGGUGACCAGUCCAGGUGGUGUCGCCGUUCGCAACAAAUAUUCACAGUGUUACUGUCGUAACAAACAGUACUGUAACUCGGCACCUAUGCAUGGAUUCGGCUCUGUUCUUUUCGUGACGAUUUCUUUUUUGUUUCUUAUGGUUUCGACACAAAUCUAA